CGGCUCGCUUCCAAUCCUUUGAGAAACAAGAGAGGGGGAGAGCGGGAGGACGAUGGAGGAGGGGGACGAGUGGUUGGCCGCCGACAAGCUCCAACACCUUCUCGCAUGCUUCCUCAUCACUGUCCUCGUCGCCGUCAUUGCCGUCCGGAGCCGCCACCCUUUCCUCCGCCGUCGGAGCACCGCCCUCGGCUCCCUCGCCGCUCUCUUCGCUGGCGCCGCAAAGGAGGCCGGGGAUGAAAUCGGCCUCUGGAGCUCCGCCGGGGCGUCCGUCAAGGACGCUGCAGCCGAUCUCCUCGGCAUCCUCCUGGCCUCCCUCUCUCUCUCCCUCUAUAGGAGGCUUCUUUCCUGUUCUAGCCGUGAUCUGGUUCGGGAUCAGGGGAUUUCGAUGGUAUAGAACCGAUGAAACCCAAGAAGCCCUAGAAGAUUUGCUUUCGUCGGUUCGGAGUUCGUCUUCUUUUUCUUGAUUUUCUGAGAACUGAAGAUGACUGUAAAAUUCAUUAGGCUGCUGAACUGGAAAUUGAAGCAUAGCCUGUAUUAGAUGAGCCAAUGUCAAAGAUCAGCGUGCUUAACACCUGUGCAGGUUGAAAAUAAGGCUUGUUGCAUUGACUAGGUUCAGGAUGGGAUGGAGCAGUUGAUGGAUUAUGAUGGUGACAUGGCCGAAAUGUACCUUGCUCGGAAGAAAAGGCAAGUGGCAGCAUUAUUCUGUGGUGACCAGUCUGUCCAAGGAUUCAGUUCUAUUGAGGCUGGAGUAUCAGUUUCUGCCCCAGUUUCACCUGUUUCUUCACCGCCUGAACAUCAAAUGCUUGAGAAGACCUUGAGCCUCCCUAGAAGUAGACAAGGUAGUAUGAAAAGUUCAUACAGCAACACACAGUACGUAUAGGAGUUGGAGUUGUUGUUGGAACUUUGUGCUCAUUGAUAACACUCUUAACAUACUGACUAAAGUAAUCGAUGAAUUUUAGUUUGUUUUAUUUUUUUGAUAACUUUCUUUGGCAAUAAAUUUAAAUAUCUAAAGGUUGGUGGUCUGAUUAUCCUUUUCA